CCCGCCCCCGUCAAACUCCCUCCCUACACCCAUCCGACGCGAAUAUGGACGCGUUCUUGGCGCCCGCGCUCUAUGCCCGCGCUGCGGCGAACCCGGACAAACCCAUCCGCACAGGGCGUAACAGGGCGUACCCGCGCCAGCUGUGGUGGUUCGUCACUUGCUUCAUCGCCCUCGUCGCGCUAUGCCAGUUCAUCUCGUGGGUCAUGACGAGGCGCGCUGCACGGCGCCCUUCCUCUGAGCGCCGCGCAGCCGACAGCGAAGGCGGCGUGACUUCGGAAGCGAGACGCAUCUCGUGGCGCCGUCUUCCUUUGGCACUCCUCAACACUUACCGGGUCGUUGCCUUCCGUUGGACGCUGAACAUUGGCCAGUCGUUCACCCUCACGUUCGCCGAGCUGUUCAUCGUUUGUGUAUACAUCGUUGCCCUCUAUGUUUGGUCAUUCGUCAGCACGACCGACCUGGCCGGCAACAAGUUGAGUGUCGCCUACUGGGAGAACAGGCUCGGUGCCCUCGCGGCGAGCCAGCUGCCUUUGAUUACUCUGCUCGGAACCAAAAACAACGCGCUUUCCUACAUCACGGGAGUCAGUUAUGACAGGCUGAAGUUCAUCCAUCGUAUGAUUGCUCGUUCCAUAUUCAUUCUAGUAUGGGCGCACGGAGGUGCUAGACUUAUCACUCUCGAUAACUCGCAGUAUCCUACGUGGUUUGUCCCACUUGGGAUACUCGCGGGGUCCUUCUUCUGCCUCCUCGUUGUCGUGUCUCUCCGGCCGAUUCGUGCCCGCUUUUACGAGCUGUUCUACUACGUGCACGUCCUCUCGGUGCUGGUCAUCCUCCUCGCCGGAUACUUCCACACCAACGACAUGAAAUUCGGGUUCUACCUAUGGCCAUGCUUCAUCAUCUGGGGGCUCGACCGCGCCUUCCGCCUCGCACGCCUCGUCUACUACAACCACCUCUACUUCGGCUUCAGCAAGGUGUCCAGCCAACUCGACGCGUCCGUCGAGCUGCUGUCGCCCCAUCUCGUCCGCCUCCACCUCAAGCGUCCGCCGCACUUCCGCUGGGCGCCCGGCCAGACCGCGUUCCUCGCGAUGCCGACUGUGUCGCGGUUCCCGAUCGAGUCGCACCCGUUCACGAUCGCGAGUGUGGACGCGCGGUACGCGUUGGACGACGCGAAGGCCGUGCGCGCGACGGACAACGAAAAGAACGGCUCCGACGCGGGGUCGGACUCGGACGCGACGCUGUACUGGAACGAGCUCGUGUUCCUCAUCCACGUCCGCGAGGGGUACACGCGGCGUUUGGCGGACAGUGCGGCGCGUGGCGAAAAGGUCAAGGUGCUCGUCGACGGGCCGUAUGGGUUCUCGCCGGACCUGGAUGCCGACGAUACGGUCAUGCUCGUUGCAGGGAGCUCUGGGGUGACUUUCACUUUGUCCACCUUCCUGGGCGUGUUGAGCCAGGUGAAGCACGGGAAGAGCAGAUGCCGGAAGCUCGUGUUCGUAUGGUGUAUCCGCGAUGCUAGCCACAUGGAAUGGAUCUCGCACGCACUAAGCAAGGCGCUCGAACUAGCGCCCUCCAACGUCGAAAUCAGCAUCCGGAUAUUCGUCACCGCACAAAACGCGCAGGCCCUCGCCAGGGAGGGCUCGUGGGCCGAGGACGAGUCCAUCCAUUCCUCGGAGGGCGCUUCCCCUGUCGCCAAGACGAAGCCGUCGUCGCUGCUCAGCUUCCCUGCCGUCCAGCUGGCGCACGGCCGCCCGGACCUGUCUUCGAUGCUGCGGGAGGAAGUCGAGGCGAACACCGGUCGACUUUCCGUGACGGUGUGCGGCUCGCAAGGCAUUGCGCGUUCGUGCCGUGCCGCGCUCAGGCUCCCGCUGUCGAUCGCGUUGAGAGGCGGUCCCAGCGUGGUGCUGCACGUGGAGUCCUUUGGUUACGCGUAGAUGUGCUUAGACGGAGGCGCGGCUGCUCAGACCGGUUCCGCCUCCCAUGCCCGAUUGUUAUGCGCGUCCUGGUUGUGGGGCAGGUGCCCCCUUCAGUUCGCAUGUACAACAUGUCUUCUUUCUCGCCGCUUUGGCGUACGAUUCGUCUAGUUUCGGCUUUCACCUUGCCACCUUCAGGUCCUUGAGGUCCAUAGGAAGCGGUUGGUGGCUUAUAGAAUGACUCCAGACUACAGCAUAGUAGUUACUGUAGCGAUGUACUCAUGUUUUAUGAAUGUAUCUCAGCGCGCGAGCUGCA